UGACCAAUUGCAAGAAUUGUGGAUCCGUCGUGUUUUUGGGAGGGUAACAUUUGUUAUCUCCCUUAGCAUAAUGAUCCUUGGAUUAAUCAUACAGUAUCAGGCACGUCACCAAACCGGUGACGUCAUAUGUCCAGAACUAUAUCUUGAUGAGUCUACUGCGCAUGCCGAUCUGGAGAUCUCCGAAAUGGGUACAGUGGUUUCCAACACAAAACGCUACGUUAGGAGACAUCGGUUUCAUAGAUACCAUGGUGUAGCUGGCAUGAUUUCAUUGGGUAACUUGGAAGACUUCGAAUUUCGUGUGGGAAUAUUUUAUGAAAUACAAAAAAGGAUAACAAAACACAUCCCGCUUUUCGAAAUCGCUUUUGCUGAAAAAAAGUUUAUUGAAAAUGACGAACUAAAUUGGCCGAUUAAAAAAUCUCUGAGCAUAAAGGGAAAGAAAUGUGGAGAGAAAAGUAUUUGUUUAACAGUGGGGAAACACGGUGUGAUUUACAAGGAAAUUGAAAUUUCGAAGUCAUACAGCGACUCUUUCUAUAUAGGAGUGAUAACCAUAAUUAAAAGAAAUGAAGAUGUACAUAUUUAUUUUUAUGACAGGACACAGCAAUGUAAUUUAUUAUUUAAACUCUCGCAGAUAAAUAUUUUCAACAAAAAUUUGAGAUCUUUUUACGGAGUGAUGGAAAAUUCGCGUGAUGCCAAGAUAGUUCUUUCUAUAAUUAGAGAUGCUAAAAAUGUGGAGCGAUUCGACGAGAUGACCAGUCAUAAAGACGUCUUUAAUGCUGGCGACGGGUAUGCAAUUUCAAACUAUAAUGCUGGAACCAAUUUUAAAAGAGCUGGUAGCUUAAAACAGGCUUAUCGCGGCGUUCUUGCUGAUGUCGCUUUCAAACAGAAUGAAAAUGAAUCUCUUCUAAUAAAAUCAGAAUACUUUGAAGUUAAUUUUCUUUUCGAUGUUAAUUUGCGAGAAUAUGAUUCUCAAGACUCGGUGUUUGAAUUCGGAUUCACUCCAAAACACCUAAUUAAGAAACACUCAAAACUAAAAUAUCAUUCGGAUGCUGUUCUGAUAUCAAUAUCUCGAUGCACAAAAAGACUAAGACUUUGCAUAUCAUACUGGCAAAAUGGGACCCAACAUAAAAUUUACCAUCCCAUUGGCAGAUACGAACCUAAAUACGAAGAUUAUAAUAUAACAUUUGGGCUGAAAAUCGAUGCAACGGAGAAUGAAGGAAGUGUUUAUUAUAUUGAUUCUAGCAACAAGAAUAUACUACAUACAUUUCCAAAUGUCUCGUUUGCACGCCCUCUGUAUCCAGUGAUUGGAAUGACAGACAAAUCUUUCGUCAAGGCCCGUCUUCUGACAAAAUCACUUGUUACCAGGAUGUAUAGUGUUUUUGGAUUCUUCAUGUAUCCACCUAUAUGUGAUUCUUGA